GAGUUACUAGCUGGCGUUAGCUAACCUAAACACAAACACUUACACGCAGUAAUGGUACUUUAACCAGCCAUUAUGCUAUGCUAGCUCGAAAUUAGCAUGGACUGAAAUUAACCCUGUAUCCGAGUUGUUUUAAAUGCAUACCGUUUUAGUUUCCGCGUCUUUAUUAUCGCAGUUUGUCGUUUGCAGAACUAGCUAACAGUAAACAGUGACUUUACUUCCCGAGUUUGCUAGUCGGGAAUUGUUUGUGCGCCCACUUGUUGCUGCAGCCAUGCCGUCAGCUUCAGACAACAACCUGUUGAGAAGUGGACCAGGGUUUGUUCUGCUGGCGAAAACAUAGUGUGUCGCUAAGUAUUAAACGAGCGGACCGCAGAGUUUGUGUUUUAGGGCUCGACAGAUACCUUUAGUGUUGUUCAGUUUGGAAUUUGGGAGGGAGCUUUAUUAGAUAAAGUACCUCAUUCAUCAUAUCUCAUACCUCAUUCUUCAUCACACGCUCUCUGUCGAUCCCUGACAUUGUUUCUGUCUGUCUAAUUGGUUAACACCUAAUCGACCACACCACACACGGGUAUGAUGGUGUUGUGUAUCGGGUUUCGUCUAGCUUUGGGUGUUUUUGUGGUAUCCGAACUGUUGUCAUCAGACUUUGUACAACAGUAUGGAGCUCCUGCCACUCAGUUAUUCAGCAUGGACUGUUGUUAUUGUUGAGAUUUAACAGGUGCUGCUUUUUAAAAUCUAGAUUUGCCAUCCCUCUGUUUUCCUUUUUGUAUCUGAUAGUUUUAGUAGUUAAGAGUUAACACAUUCUUGCUGCUUAAUUGUUUUUUUUUUCUUGAUGGCAUAUUUCUAAAUAGCAGUGAAUGCUAAAAUCAGUGCUUUCUUGAGCAGUCCUUUCUCUGAUGGGAUCCGUGUAACAGCCUUUUGGAGUCAGACACAUUUUCUUGUUUACCCAUGGCUUAAUUUUAAAGCGAAGCUGUGGAAAUCAUUCUGGCCUCUGAAAGGUCUAUGUUACUGGUGAAACAUGCCCUUACCAUUUGGAUUAAAACUUAAGAGGACACGAAGAUACACUGUCUCCAGCAAGAGCUGCCUGGUCACACGCAUACAACUGCUUAAUGGCGAAUUCGUUGAGUUUACACUUUCUGUGGAGAGCACAGGCCAGGAAUGUUUGGAAGCAGUUGCUCAGAGACUCGAGUUACGAGAGAUAAUGUAUUUCAGUCUCUGGUACUUCAAUAAACAAAACCAGCAGCGAUGGAUUGAUUUAGAUAAGCCUCUGAAGAAACAACUUGACAAGUAUGGACAGGAACCCACUGUUUACUUUGGAGUAAUAUUCUAUGUGCCGACUGUUUCCCAGCUACAACAAGAGAUAACCAGAUACCAGUAUUACCUCCAGCUGAAGAAAGAUGUUCUGGAGGGCAGGAUUCCUUGCUCAAUUGAACAAGCCAUCCGGUUAGCUAGCUUGGCUGUACAAGCUGACUUUGGAGACUUCAACCGCUAUGACUCACAAGAAUUUCUUCAAAAAUUUGUUCUUUUCCCCAUGGAAUGGAUUGAAGAUGAGAGGGUUGUUGAAGAGGCCACCCAAAAGGUUGCCCUGCUUUAUCAAAGCUACCGAGGUAUGCCAGUACCAGAAGCAGAAUUGUUGUACAUGCAAGAAGUGGAGAAGAUGGAGGGCUAUGGUCAAGAAAGUUUUCAAGCAAAGGACAGCCAAGGUGCAGAUAUACUCAUUGGAUCCUGUCUGGAUGGGAUUUUUGUUAAGCACAAAAAUGGCAGAGCACCGCUUUUAUUCCGAUGGAAUGACAUUAACAACAUGACUCAUAACAAGUCCUUUUUUGCCCUGGAGCUGGCCAACAAAGAAGACACCAUUCAGUUUCAGACUGAGGACUUGGAGACUUCCAAAUACGUGUGCAGAAUGUGCCUGGCACGGCACAGAUUCUAUAAGAUUAACAAAAGUACUCUAGAGGAAUCUGAUGCUCCACCUUCUGAAAGCUCCCAGAAGUCAAUUCUCACUCUAUCAUUUCCACGCUUUCCAAUGCUCUCUCGUCCCUCUCUGCCUUCUAACAAGGGCCAAGCUGAACCAACGCCAGUGAACCCGGUUAGACGACGCUCCUCCACAAGAAUUUCAAUGCCCAAGCCUCAGACAUACACGAUGCCACCACCUCAGUUGCACUACAAUAGCCAUUACCGGGAGCCUUACAAAUCCUCACAAGACAAUCUUUACAUGAACAAUCACAACGGUUACUACUACCACUCUCAGACCAGUCUAGACCGCUCACCACAUGAGUACAAUGGAAGAAUCCGGAACGGCAGUGUGUACAGCGCCCACAGCACCAGCUCCCUCACCAACCCACAACACUACAUGCAGCCAUCACCGAUGUCCUCAAAUCCAAGCAUCACAGGCAGUGACAUCACACGACCUGACUAUGUGCCCUCUCAACGCCAUAGUGUCCUGAUCCCACCCUCAUACCGUGCCACACCCGACUACGAGAGCGUCAUGCGCCAGAAGAACCACAGUGCCAUGCCGGCCAUGCCUGAGCGUCACAGCCACUCUAUGAGGAACCUCAACAUUGGUAACUCGUAUGCCUACAGCCGACCUGAUCCACUUGUGUACAGCCAGCCUGAGAUCCGUGAGCACAGAGGAACAGCAGCUCAAUAUCACCUCCACUACAGCUUUCACAGCCCAUCACCAUACCCAUAUCCAGGCGAGAGGAGGCCAGUGGUGGGCGCUGUCAGCGUGCCUGAGCUCACUGAUGUGCAGCUGGCGCAGGCCCAUGCUUACCCGGCGCCCAACAUCAUGGGGGCUCAGGUGUAUCGACCACCUCCGCCUUACCCCUACAGCCGCCCACGGCCAGCCAACAGCACACCAGACCUGUCGCGUCACCUUCAUGCAAGCAGCAGCAGCCCCGACCUGAUCACACGCCGCGUACACCACUCAGUGCAGACUUUUCAGGAAGAUAGCCUGCCUGUGGCACACUCGCUACAAGAAAUGAGUGAGCCGCUCAUCCCCACCGCCACACGACGCCCUUACACACACAAGCGCAACUCUAUAGAGCUUGCUGGCCUGACGUAUGGUCUGGAAAGCAUGAGGCUGAAGGACAGGACUGUUUCCGUUUCUGCCUCUGAGACACCGUCCAAGCUCGCUCCACCUGUUGCUCUCCCUGCCUCUGCCUCUACCUCUGAGCUUGACGUCUUCCAGGAGAGAAUUGAGGCUGAGGACAUGGUUCUGAAAGAGGAUGUGCACUACGGGCACAAAAAAUCACUAUCUGAUGCCACCAUGCUGGUUCACAGUAGUGGAGAGGAAGAGGAGUUUGAGGAUGACAGCGGUCGACACACACCCCAGUCUCAGGAUGCCGUAGCAGCUCCCAAGGAACAUAUCAAUGUUAUGGAAAUCCCUCUAAUGGAGACACCUCUGCCUGCCUAUCCAUUCAGCCCCAGUUUGGAUCAGGUUAUCCCCAACCCUCUGGGAUUUCAACCCCAGCCUCGUAUCCGUGAGCAGGAUGAGACAGGAUCUCUGUACCCAUAUAGCGAGGCAGAUGCCAUCAUGCCUUCAGUUUCAGAGGGAGAUCUGAGCAGCCAAAGUCGAUGGAAGCCUAAAAGAGAGAUAAUCAAAAAAAGACCUGUGUCAGAUGUGCCCUCAGCACGAAGAAACAUUGAUGGCCUUCCACCACCUGGCAUGAAGAAAAGCAUUCGUUCAGAGAUGAAGAAGACGGGUCCGCUGAAGCUGGCGACUCUCAAUGGCUUGACACUUGCCCGAAUGCCCAUACCUGAUGAGGGCAAAGACGAGCAUGGGAAAGCCUCUAAUGACGACAGGUGUAAGCUACUGGAGCAACAGCUGGAGCAGGGCCUGGUGUUUACAGAAUAUGAGCAAAUACCAAAGAAAUGGCCCAGCAGUGAGUGCAGCAUUGCUCAGCUGCCCGAGAAUGCAGAGCGAAAUCGCUUUCUGGAUGUGCUGCCUUACGAUGACACACGGGUAGAGCUUGUGCCCACUAAAGAGAACAACACAGGAUAUAUCAAUGCCUCGCAUAUCAAAUUUACAAUAGGGGGAGAGGAGUGGAAUUAUAUUUCAGCUCAGGCUCCCCUCCCUAACACAUGUCAAGACUUCUGGCAAAUGGUUUGGGAACAAGGGGUUGCCAUUAUUGCAAUGGUUACUGCUGAAGAGGAGGGAGGACGAGAAAAGAGCUUUCGUUACUGGCCCCGUCUGGGGUCCCGCCACAACACUGUUACAUACGGGCGCUUUAAGAUCACCACGCGUUUUCGCACAGAUUCAGGUUGCUAUGCAACCACAGGCCUGAAGAUUAAACACCUACUGACAGGCCAGGAGCGUACUAUCUGGCACCUGCAAUACACAGACUGGCCUGAUCACAGCUGUCCUGAAGAUUUUAAAGGUUUUCUGGCAUAUCUGGAGGAGAUUCAGUCUGUGAGGCGGCACACCAACAGCACCAGCGAUCCAAAGAACACAAACCCGCCCGUGCUUGUGCACUGCAGUGCAGGGGUGGGGCGCAGUGGUGUGGUCAUUCUCACUGAGAUCAUGGUCGCCUGUCUGGAACAUAAUGAGAUGCUGGACGUCCCUACUGUUCUGAGCCAGCUGCGACAGCAACGCAUGAUGAUGGUGCACACGGUUUCCCAAUACACCUUCAUUUACAAAGUUCUAAUACAGUUUCUUAAAAACUCCAGACUUAUAUAAGCUCACAUUGUUGGCUAUGCUGCCACACGCCUGGACAAUGUUGUUGUCAUAACUGGAACAGAUCAUUAGGCCUCACAGGAUUUUGCAGAGUGUGAAAGGGCAGUGUGCUGAUGGGUGACUGAGAUGUACUGCAGUCGCCUUUCUUCCACUCCAUGAGCACUUUCUCUGAGUAUUAGUGAAGGAGCUAGAGCAGGUGUGAAGGAUGCUGCAAACCAGCAUAUACAUUCUCAUUAAUCAGUAUUAUUCAGAUAUUUCACUGUGCAGUUUUACACUAUACGAUUGCUACUAAUGAAUCUCAGCACUUUUAUUUUACUACAUUGAGCAAAUGACACUAAUGCUGCAUCUUUAUUGUUAAAUAUACAACAAUAUUGAUUGCUUUUUUAAUGGUUUCUUUUUUCUUAAUUUCUAUCUUGGUUGAUAGUUGAAGGUUUACUGAGUUGAAAUUAAAAUUAUGGUCCCAGUGUUUAAAGUGUGCAAGUUUAAGGGUGAAAAUGAAGGAUUCUUCUGUGUAUUAUAGGAUGACUACAUUUGUCAUCUUAAAAUCUUAAAAUUUGAAUAUGUACUCAAAAUGAAAGCUGAUAACUACAGCUAAAUGGCUCUGCACUCUCUCUUGAGGUUUGCAUUUAUGUAUGCAAUCCUUCACAAAUAAUGAAGUAAUGUGUUUUGCUAAAGCAUUAAGUGCAUCAUAGGUAAGGUUACAGCCAAAGAGAGGUUAAGAGGUUUAUAUGUGUGUGUAUAUAUAUUGAUUGCAUAAACGAGUAUUAUAAAAUAAUUUAAAAUGUUCCAUAUCCCCUGUGUGUCAGAAAGGAUUUAUUAUAACCAAGACUCAGUUUUUUUUUCCUAAUACAGCUAUUUCAGCAGGAUUCUAAAACGAACAACCAAAGAGGUGUCAGACAUGAUUUUUGGGUUCUAUGAAGAUUAGCAAAACUUUUGUUUUUAUUUGCUGUUUAUAGCUUAGUUCCUUAGCCAAAUGACAAAUGAUAAUCUACCAAAGAAGAUGCAUUUUCCAGCUGAGAUUGUUACCAAUGUUUUUAAAUAAUGUAGAACAUUUUAAACUCUGAUAGAACUAAACAACUGACAGAGUAUAAUGAAACUGAAGUAAUGUGCCAUGUUAGUUUAAUCCAUGUGUGCACAUACAAUAGAAGCUUUUCAGUUCUUGCCAAGCCUGGAGAUCAGCUGUGAUGUAAGCGAUUGCAGCCUGUUCAUCUAUUACCUACAUUUCUCCACAAAACUGAUAAGUGUUUAAGGCACGAAUCAUAACUUCAUUGUCUACAAUUUGAGCUGAGGCAAGGACUUUGCCUGGAUCUACUGUUGAAUCAGGAAUUACAAGCAUUAACAGCACUUUACUGUAAAGAACAUCACUAUGUAGACUCCAGUUCAGUAUCAUUACCUUUAUGUUUGUGCUGUUUUCAUACAUUGUUUAAAGUAUGAAUGCUGCUACUGAAUUCAGCUAUUCAUGCAUCGAACCGGAUUGACUUUGGACCACUAGUGCAUGCAAGUUAAAUUAAUCGUAAUAAUUCAUCCAAAACAUUUUAGUUUGUCUAUUUGGCUAACUGUCUCCACUGACUGCAGACUACAUUUGUUUUGUACAUGUAGUACAUGACUCAGAGUUGUGCCAACUUAUCUCGAUUAUUUUGUCCAAACAAUUAUUGCAAAAUUUAAACGUUUCAUAACACAGAUUACUGUUGUGAAGCCCAUAUGAAGUCACAGGGAGACUUGGAUUUAGAUUAGAAUUAGCUUUAGAGUGAAGGCAAUGAGAAUUCCUAUUUCUGUUGAAAUAGGUAGUUUUCCACAAAUUAGGUUUAGACACUUUCUAAGUCUUUUCUUACUUAGAAAUCAAAUGCAAUGGGAAGAAUUUUUUAUGUUGACGUAACAGUGAUUGCAGUCUUGAAAAUUUCGAUGUAGAAACAACUUGAUAUAUUUAAGUUCAUCAGCACUGCAAAGAAAUCAUUUUGACUCUUCAACAUAUUACCUCAAACAAAUGGUUUAUUAUUGUUUAUAAGAGGGCUUGUAGUAUUCAAUAGCAUUCGGAGUUCCUGGAAAUCCAGAAACGGUGCUAAGAUCCAAAAACUUCAGGGUGAAAUGCAGUCAAUGUCCAAGCAAUUCUGACAGAACUAUUUUUGCUAUUUCUAUCAUUACACAGAUGUAUUCACAUACGAAUGGGCUACUCUUUGAAUGUGCCAUGUGUUUGCAAUCUCAGUUACUGUGCUUUGUUUCUAAAAGGGCAGAUCAUUUUUCAUUUGUCGAAGAGAGCUAAGCUUCACCUUUAAAUCAGUUCAUCGUCAUAAGUCAAACCAGUUUUAUCCCCAAAAUGCUGUAAUUCUGUACCACUUGUUUUGCAUGUCUGUUAAGCAUAAGGGUGGGCUAUGUCCUUUUUAUAUAGACUCAACCUAACUUUAUUUGGUGUGUGGAUGAAAGCAUGGAUGUAGAAUGACUCGAUUGCAAAGUAAUUGGAGGAUAUGCCAUGUCUACACCAUUACCAUUUAUUUCAUAUGGUUACUUAUGGGUCAUUCUUUUGCACAUCGAUACUCAAUAUGCCCAGUUCUGCCCAGACUCUUAAGACAUGUAUAAAUGUUAAAGAGUAUUUGAAUUUAAAUGGAAGUGCAGGUUGCCCACAAAUAUGUGCUUUGUUUACAAAUGUAAAAUCUUCCAAGCUGGAUUCAUGAGUUAGUAUUUACAGUGCCUAUGUCUCCCACUUAUAUUCCUAUAAUACAAUGUUACAGAGAUUGAAGAAAUAUUAUGAACAAAAGUUAACACUGACUGCUAUUGUUAGUGCUGUUUUGUUUUAAUAUAUGUAAAGAAAUAUCAUACACUGUUUAUAUUGUUAAUUCUAGUCAUAUCAAACAUUAAUGGUAAUUUCUUUGCAUUAGCAAUGCCUUUGUCCUACUGUCUGUGUGUCUGUUUUGUCUCAUGGAUUGAGGAUGUAUCCUAUAAAACAUCAGAAUUCAUAUCCCACUGUAAAUUACUUGUCCAGAGAAAAGCUUUCAUUCAGCAAAUAAAUAUUUUAAAUAAA